AUGGCUUUUCUGGGUGUUUCCGUCGCGCUGCUAGUUUGGUUCGUUUUCCUACUCCUUGUCUCAGUAUGGAAGCAGAUUCAGAGCAGUUGGAAACUUCCUCCAGGCCCAUUUCCUCUUCCAAUAAUUGGAAAUCUUUUGAACUUGGACAUUAAGAAUGUCCCAAAAUCUUUUGCCAAGCUAGCUAAAGAAUAUGGCCCCGUGUUCACAGUGUAUGUUGGCUCAAGGCGUAUUGUAGUGUUACACGGAUACAAAGUUGUAAAAGAAGCUUUGCUGGAUCUUAAAAAUGAAUUUGCAGGAAGAGCAGAUAUACCAGCCUUUGAGGCCCAUCAAAAUUCUGGAAUUAUUUUCAAUGAUUCAGAGACCUGGAGAGAUACACGUCGAUUCGGCCUCAUGGUCCUCAGAGAUUAUGGAAUGGGGAAGCAGAGCAAUGAGGAAAGAAUUCAGAGGGAAUCUCAAUUCCUGCUGGAGGCACUCAGGAACACAAAUUCUCAACCCUUUGAUCCAACCUUCAUCCUUGGUGGUGGUCCCUUAAAUGUCAUCCAUGAUAUUCUAUUCCACAGUCGCCUUGACUAUUCAGACAAGACAUGUCAGAGGCUGUUGCAUAUGUUCAAUGAAGACUUCUACCUGUUAAGCACACCCUGGCUUCAGAUUUACAAUAAUAUAGGAUCUUACUUACGUUACCUACCUGGAAGUCACCGGAGAGUUUUGAAAAAUGUAUCUGAAGCAAAACAGUAUGUAUUUGAAAAAAUCAAAGAACAUCAAGAGGUACUGGAUCUCAAUCACCCUCAAGAUUUAACUGACACUCUACUCAUCCAAAUGGAGAAGGACCAAAAGAACCAAAAACUUGGAUUUAACCUAGAAAAUGUAACAGUCACCGUGGCUGAUUUACUUUUUGCUGGAACAGAGACCACCAGUACCACUUUGAGAUAUGGAUUACUCCUACUUCUAAAACACCCCAAAGUGGAAGAAAAACUUCACGAAGAAAUCGAUCGAGUGAUUGGACCACACCGACUUCCUUCCAUGAAGGACAAAGUAAACAUGCCUUACAUGGAUGCUGUGGUACAUGAGAUCCAGAGAUUCAUUAAUCUUGUCCCUUCUAACCUGCCCCACAUAAUGCAUGAAGACAUCCAUUUCAGAGGAUAUCUAAUACCCAAGGGCACAACAGUAUACCCAACUCUAGACUCUAUCAUGCUUGACAGUGAAGAAUUCCCUAAUCCAGAACAAUUUGACCCAGGACAUUUUCUGAAUGAAAAUGGGAAAUUUAAGUACAGUGACUACUUUAAAGCUUUUUCUGCAGGAAAGCGUGUAUGUGUUGGAGAAGGUCUGGCUCGAAUGGAGUUAUUUUUAUUCAUGUCCAUAAUUUUACAGCAUUUUAAUUUGAAGUCUCUCAUCAGUCCAGAAAAAAUUGAUACCAGCCCACUCACUGUUGGUUUUGGCACCAUCCCACCAAUUUACAAGCUCUCCGUUCUGCCUCGAUCAUAGAUGUUCAGAAGGCACUACGCCAAACAACCCAUUUGAUUCGUUGCUGGAAUCAAGAGAUUUUUUAUUGGGAAUAUAUGCUUCUUGUGAAUAGAGACUGAAUCUAUUGUAAAAUGAAAAAAAUACUUAAAAAAUUGUUCUAGUUUCUUUUCUAGCUCUUGUGGAGAAAGGAAGUUUAUAGGUUAAACACAUACUCCUCUGGUCAGGCAACCUUUCCCCAUGCUUUCUUUGGGAUAUUUAUGUCUGGAAUCUUCUUUGUUAGAAAUUUCCAGGUUUCUACCUAAUAAACUUCUGAUUCUCUGUGACAUUAGAUAUUCAAAACCAAACAAAACUAAGACUAUACCAAUCUCUAUAAAAUCUUUGACUUCCUUCCAUAUUAAGGUCAAAAUCACUUGUGUGUGACAGUUUAAGUAUUGUACUUCUGAAAUGGAUUGUGUUUCUGUCAUAACAUUGGUGCUAGAGCAAGAAGUCAACUUUAACCUGAGGAUCAUCACACCAAAUUUUGGACUUUAUGUAUCCUGCCCUUUUGGAAAUGUGCUAAUAUUUUUGUCUCUCUACGUGACUGGCUGAAUCUUUAUCUCCAUUUUACUUGCACCCCCAACUCAUGUUCCCUGAACAUCUAAAGCUUAAUACCUUUUCUUUGUAUAAGAUAAAAUUUACCUUUAAUAAAGGUCUGGUACUUUAUUA